GUAUGGCUUUUAACAGUGAAACGAUUGACUGUGGGACUUAAUUGAACUGAUUAUGGACUGUGACCUUAUAAAUGUUAAAGUGAGAAAAUUGGACUCCAAGAAAUAACAUUCUUCCUAAUUUGACAUGAUUGCCGAAACUCAGCAAUUAGACUGGGCGCUGUGGUAGCGCUUCAAUUAAAAAUUAAGAUAAAAAAGUCAUUUUUUGCUGUGGGACCAUGUUGAGUCAGCUCUAUGUUAAAAUUUGUCUUUAUGUUUUGUCUGCCAUGUUUGUUCUGUAAUUUAUUUAACUAUUGUGUUGUCAAGUGUAGUUACCCAAGUGUAUUUAGUGUAAAAAUUUAAUCACCUGUUUGUGUCCUUGUGUUAAUUAAAUGUCAAUUUGUGCAAUGUUAUAAAAUUUAAUUGUAAAGUAUACCCUAUAGGGAGUUUAUAUUUAUUUAUUUAAAAGCAGAUUUUUCAGUUCACUUGUUCACUUGAAGUCACUGAGGUGAUCACAUCUUUUUCAAUGUCAAGAAAAGUUUAAAUAAUCUUUCACAAAUUCAAUUUUUUUUUCAGCAAGUCUAUUUAAAUUCUAAUCAAGUUUAUUUUUCAAAGCUCUUACACUUGGCAAGCUGUUUGAACACGUCGUUACAAGCAUCAAGAGUGUGAGCGAAACUUGUCUUUUUUUUGGUUAACCCUACAUUCAAACAGCAGGCGAUUGUUUGUUAAUGAGGCGUAGUGAAAGGAUCGCCGAUAAAGUUCGUAUUGACUACAAAUCAUUACAUGCUACUGGAGCUAUAAAUCAAAUUUCUUCUCAAGUUCAAGAUACUCCAGUAGAUGGAAAAAUUGUAGUAAUGGCAUCCGAAGACACUAGUAUCAGCAAAAACUCAGACCCAGUUAUUCAACUAUCAAUCGAUGAAUCAAUACUAGCUGAUGACAUUGACGAUUUUGUGGAUGAAAACCAGUCAGGAUAUUAUGGCGAAUCAAUUGAAGAUAUAGAUUCGAAUAUCAAGCAAAUGGAAAAUUUACGCACCCAGUAUAGGCGAAAACACAGGGAGCUAUCAGCAAACUUAAAGGAACUUUACGAAGGAACGUAUGGUAAAUCAUAUACUCUCAAAAUCGAAAGCAUGAAGAGUUUCGUUAUGAUGAAGAGAGAGCGUCGACAGAGAUUACGAGAAAGACAAAAUCUUGGCGACAUAGAAUCAUCAGAAAGAAAAAUGAAAUUCCUUGUCAAUGAAAUCAUUCAGUUAAUUUCGUAUUUACAGGAAUCUUUCACAUCAUCCCUGUCCACCUUGGAUGAUAAGGAAAUCAAAAAGAGAAAAGAGGAUUUGCCGGAGCAGUUAAGCCAGAUGGAAACAUUAAGAAAAUCCUUUAAAGAAAUGAUCGAAACCGCGAAAGGGAAGGAUGAAGGUAAUUUAGAUGAUCUAAAUAAAAGGUAUAACAAACUUGUUGAUCUCAAAAACUGUUACAUCAAAACCCUUGAUCAGGAAUAUCAGGAUAGGGAACUUUCAAAAGUGGAGAAGUUUAACUCAUCAACUUUGAAUAUAAAAUUACCUAUAUUUAAAGGUUAUGGCAGUGUUUGUGAUAUAUAUACAUUUCAAACUGACUUCGAAAAAUUGUACCUAAGAUCCACACCUAAUGCUGUUCUACCAGAUCUUCUGAAGAAUAAUUUUUUAGAACACCCAGCGUUGACACUGGUGAGAAAUGUAACUAAUAUCAAUGAGAUCUGGAGAAGACUUAAAGAUGCAUAUGGAGAUCAGAAAACGCUAUUAUCAAAGAAAUUGGCAGAGUUGAAUAAAACUGAACUGAAGCACAAGGAUCCAGAAAAGGUGGUUGAAGGACUUAGCCACAUUGUCAACAUCAUGAAGGAUCUGAUACACUUAGCGAAGUGUCACAGAAUUGAAAAUGAGUUAUUCUAUGGUGAUGGUCUGGAAAGGAUCUAUAAAUUGAUCGGUGAUAACAGAGUGACAAGGUGGUUGGCUGCUAGUUGUGAUGAUGAUUCAGUAGGAGAAAGUAAGUGGCAUAAACUCAUCACAUUCUUGGAAAAAGAAAUCAAAGUUUAUCAACAGAAAGCCCUACUUCAAAAUACCACACUAGAACCAAGAAAAGUUCCAUCAAAAUAUGGUAACCGACAGUCGCAUUAUACUGGAAAGAAUGAUCAAGAUCUCACCGAUUUUAAUGAGGUAUCAAAUUCUUGUUUUAUCUGUAAUCAACCUGAUCAUGUGAUGACCAAUGGUCCCGGAGGCACAAAAAUUGUACAGUAUUUUGUUUGUGAACGCUUUGUCAAUAUGUCACCAGCUGAACGAUUUUCAGUGCUGAGAUCUAAAGGCCUCUGUUUUCAGUGUCUUUUUCCAGGUGCAACAAUGAAUAGAGUCAAACACAAAGAAGGUCAUUGUCAAAGGGACUUUAUUUGUAAACAUCCUUCGCAUGAUAAGUACCCAAGAAAGAAACAUAUUCUUGUGUGUGAAGAACACAAGGACAACGAAGAAAAUCAAGACGUACUCGACAUCUACAAAACCAGAUGUAUUUUGAGACGAUAUCAAGUUGAAUUACCUUCUUAUGCAAAGGAUAUCAAAUUGUCACACCAUGUUGAAGCAACCAAAAGCUCUAGCUAUAAAUCAACGUUAAUCAACGAAAAGGAAGACAAUAAAGCAAUCUAUAUGCUACAAACAAUCGAGAUUGAUAAUCACCAAUACUCGAUGUUCUACGAUACAGGAUGUGGUGAUUUUAUAAGCAGACUCAAUGCUGUUCAUAAGCUUGGGCAACGUGCAGUUCAAGAGUGUACUGGACCGAUAACCCUUGGUGGAGUCGGAGGUAUCACGACAAAAACACCUCAUGGAAUAUAUAGUGUCAGACUGCCACUUGCUAAUGGAGGAGAUGCUGUGAUGUCAGGAUUAUGCAUGGAACAAGUAACAGCAACGUUCCCAAAAUACCCACUUGGUGGAAGAGUAGAGUCUGAUAUUAAAGAAUCAUACCGUCAAUCAGGAAAUGAUGUAAGAAACUUACCUUCUUUGUUACCAUUCGUCGGUGGAGAAACAGACUUCAUGCUGGGAGUGAAAUACCUACGAUACUUUCCUGAAGCAGUAUACCAGAUGCCAUCCGGGUUAACAAUUUAUAAAUCACAUUUUAAAAAUACUGAUGGUAGUUAUGGUGUGAUUGGAGGGACGCAUGAAGUAUUCACCCAAAUUGAAAGGUAUCACCAUUUAUCUUAUUGCAAAUCCUUUCUAUCAAAUCAACAUUGUCUUUUUAAGAAUGGGUAUCAAGUAAACCCAGAUGUUUCCCUGUUAGGAUAUAAAAAUGAUUUAUUUGACAUUUCAGUAAAUGACGUUAAUAACUUUGACUUUGAGAAUAAUCACCACACGUUUGUAUCAAAAAACAUCAAAUCUUUUAAUCAAGUGGAAGCUGCAGGGAGCGAAAUAAAUUACAGAUGCAUCAAAUGUCGUACGUGUUCAACUUGCAAAAACCAUGACCAAAAUGAAUCGUUGUCAAUCAAGGAGGAAAUAGAACAAGAGGUUAUUGAUAAAUCUGUGCAUGUUGAUAUCAAGAACUGCAUUACGAUCGCUAACCUUCCAUUCAUGCGAGACCCAAGUAUCAAUUUAAGUCCGAAUCGACACAAAGCUCUGAACGUAUACUUCCAACAACUGAAACGAUUGGAGAAAAAUCAAGCAGAUAAAAAAUCAAUUAUAAAAUCAGAGGCCAAACUUCACUCACUUGGUUUUGUUGAAUAUGUUAAAAAUCUACCAGCCAAUAUUCAAACAUCACUUGCUAAAAAUCAAAUGAAAAACUACAUUUCUUGGAGGGUGGCAUGGAAAGAUAAUUCAACAACAACACCAUGUCGCAUUGUAUACGAUGCAUCACAACCAACAUCAACUGGAUUCAGCCUUAACAGUAUCCUUGCCAAAGGUCGAAAUAACAUGAACAAUCUUGUCGAAAUCUUCAUUCGAUGGAGAAUACACAAAAUUGGAUUCCACACAGAUAUACAAAAAAUGUAUAAUGCUGUCAAACUUCGUGAAGAGGACUGGUGCUAUCAACGAUACUUGUGGCAACAGCAGUUAGAUCCAAAUAAACCGCCGGAGGAAAAAGUUAUCAAGACAAUCAUCUAUGGUGUAAAAUCAUCUGGAAAUCAGGCAGAACGUGGUCUACGAGAAACUGCCAAAUUAUUUCAAGAACCAUACCCGGAGGUUUAUGAAACCGUCUGUAAAGACAUAUACGUUGAUGACUGUAUGUCAGGCUGUCCAACAAUGAAUCAAACGUUACAAAGAGUAGAUGAACUGGAACUAGUUCUAAAUCGUGGUGGAUUCACACUCAAAGGUGUCACAAUAUCUGGGAAGAAGCCACAAGAAAAUUUAUCAAGUGAUGGACUCACGCUGUGUGUGGCUGGUCUUCUUUGGUAUCCAAAGGUAGAUGAAAUUUCCCUCGAUAUCAAAGAUCUUAACUUUGCAAAGAAACAUCGUGGUCGCAAAGUGAAGCAGAUUACACAAAUACCAGAGCAACUCACCAGACGGAAUUGCGCAUCGAAGGUGGCAGAAAUCUUUGACAUCUCAGGAAUGUUAACUCCAAUUACUGCCACGAUGAAAAUGGAUCUGCACGAACUUGUGAAACGCUUCUUGGAUUGGGAUGACAUAAUUCCCGAUUCCUUGAGAUCAAUUUGGAUAUCACACUUUCAAAUGAUGGAUGAAAUAAAAAACAUCCGAUUUCAACGAGCAGUUGUUGCAGAUGAUGCGGAAAGCCUUGACGCAUCCACAUUAGAUUUUGGAGAUGCCAGCCAAUCACUGGUUUGUGUUGCCAUCUACAUUCGAUUCAAAAGAAAAAGUAAAGGAUUUUCUUCUCAACUCAUUUUUGCAAAAUCUCGCUUAAUUCCAGACGGUAUGUCACAGCCUCGAGCAGAGUUAUUCGCAGCUAUUGUCAACACACAUUGUGGUGAAGUGGUAAGAAGAUCUCUUCAUAAGAUCCACAAGAAAGCCAUCAAAUUCACAGAUAGCCAAAUUGUCCUGUACUGGUUAGCGAAUGAAAAUCGAGCUCUAAAGCAAUACGUAAAAAAUCGAGUUAUAGAAAUUCAAAGAUUCACAUCUAUUGAUCAAUGGAGAUAUGUCAGAUCAGAAGAUAUGAUUGCAGAUAUUGGUACCCGAAGAUGUAUUUCCAUUAGCAAUGUUCUAACUGAAUCUGUUUGGUGUAGAGGUUUCGAGUGGAUGAGAGGUGAAGAGUCCAAUUUUCCAAUGAUGGAUGCUAAGGAAAUUGUUCUAAAUAACCAAAAUCUUCAAUUGAUUAAACGUGAAACUCCACCAAAAUACGAACCAGAGCCACAAACCACAUACCUAGCUCUUGAUUCUACCAUCACAAAAGAAAUAUCUGACAGAUAUCAAUUUUCGAAAUACCUUAUCGAUCCCAACAGACAUCGCUGGAAAGUAGUGGUAAGAAUCCUCGCCAUUGUUUUUAGAUUUAUACGAAAUUGUCGUAUAAAAAAUUUAAACAAGAUUUCAUCAAAUCAAUCAUCAAAAAUCAAAAAUAUCGUUGUGCUGUCAGAUGUGGAGAUAAAAGACGCAGAAAACUAUUUCCACAAGAAGGCAACAAUGGAAAUUAAACAAUUCCUGAAGUCAAAUCAAUAUGAAAAAAUCAGUCACGAAAAGGAUGGAAUUCUCCUUUACUCUGGAAGGAUUCUUCCGACAGAUGAAGUUACGAUUGUUGGACAAGCAACAAAAGUUAUGAAGGACCUGUCAUCAACAACAUUUUGUGUCCCAGUGGUCGACCGACAUUCACCGAUAGCAUACAGUGUUGUAAACGAUAUUCACUGGCAUGACAAAACUGUACGUCAUUCAGGGGUCGAGACAACAUGGAGAUAUGUAUUAAAGCAGAUUUACAUCAUUGAAGGAAGAUCAUUGGUAAAAAAGGUGAAAGCUGCUUGCGCAAGAUGCAGGUACUUGGAGAAAAGGACAUUGGAAGUGGUAAUGGGACCUGUAUCAAAACACAAUCUAACUAUUGCACCUGUGUUUUAUAUUACGCAGCUUGAUCUUUCAGGUCCAUUUCUUUCAUACUCGAUGCAUCAUCGACGAACCACUGUCAAAAUAUGGUUGAUAGUUUUUUGCUGUACAACAACAUCAACGGUUAAUAUCAAGGUGAUGGAAGAUUACAGCACUUCUGCAUUUCUACAAGCCUUCACAAGAUUUGCAUGUGAAGUCGGUUAUCCAAAAGUACUCCUUCCAGAUGAAGGCAGUCAGUUAGUGAAAGGUUGCGAAUCAAUGCGAUUGGAUUUUGUCCACAUUAAAUAUCAACUUCAUCAAAACGAGGCAGUCGAAUUUAAAGUAUGCCCUGUUGGUGCUCAUAGCAUGCAUGGUAAAGUCGAACGUAAGAUUCGUCAAAUAAAAGUUUCACUUGAGAAGAAUUUACAUAAUUCAAGAUUGUCGAUUAUUCAAUGGGAAACAAUAGCAUCGUCCAUCGCCAACAGUAUUAACAACCUACCUUUGGCUCUUGGAAACAACAAAUCCAAUUUUGAAGCCAUGGAUCUGAUAACCCCUAAUCGUUUAAGAUUAGGUCGAAAUAACGAACGAAGUCCGAUUGGAAGUAUGAAAGUAGUUAACGAUUACGAUAAAAUUCUGAGAACGAAUAAGAAGAUAUUCGAUACAUGGUAUGAGAAUUGGUUAAUUUCGCAUGUUCCCAAAUUAAUGGAUCAUCCGAAAUGGUUCAGAUCGGAUGUGGAUGUUCAAAAAGGCGACGUAGUUUUAUUUUUAAAACAAGAAUCAAUGUUAAGUUCGAAUUAUCAAUUUGGUAUGAUCAAGUCGGUCGAUUAUGGUCGAGACGAUAAAAUUAGACGAGUUCUUGUUAAAUAUCGAAAUAACAAUGUAAACGUUGACCGCGAAACCCAUCGCUCAGUUAGAAACUUGAUUGUUAUUCAUCGAAUUGACGAAUUGAAUUUGUACGAGGAACUAUACAAAGCUGCACAGUAUUGCGAUUCCAAGUUUCUUAAUGACUCAAGUUAUUGUUCAAAAUAAAGUACAAAUUUUAUCAUCGUUGGGGAGUGUUGAGUCAGCUCUAUGUUAAAAUUUGUCUUCAUGUUUUGUCUGCCAUGUUUGUUCUGUAAUUUAUUUAACUAUUGUGUUGUCAAGUGUAGUUACCCAAGUGUAUUUAGUGUAAAAAUUUAAUCACCUGUUUGUGUCCUUGUGUUAAUUAAAUGUCAAUUUGUGCAAUGUUAUAAAAUUUAAUUGUAAAGUAUACCCUAUAGGGAAUUUAUAUUUAUUUAUUUAAAAGCAGAUUUUUCAGUUCACUUGUUCACUUGAAGUCACUGAGGUGAUCACAUCUUUUUCAAUGUCAAGAAAAGUUUAAAUAAUCUUUCACAAAUUCAAUUUUUUUUUCAGCAAGUCUAUUUAAAUUCUAAUCAAGUUUAUUUUUCAAAGCUCUUACACUUGGCAAGCUGUUUGAACACGUCGUUACAAGCAUCAAGAGUGUGAGCGAAACUUGUCUUUUUU